UUUUUUUGCAGAUGAUUUUAUUAUAGAAUAGCCUUUUUGGAGCAGAAGGUGUGUCCUCCGCUGGAGCUCAUUUCGCAGAACAUGGGCAAAACACUUCAAUGGUGUAUCAUGUUCUUCUUUGUUUUUUCCACAACUGCGGAAGCCAUAAAAUGCUACGUUUGCAAGUCAAGCAAGAGCAACAUGUGCAAUGAUCCCUUCGACAAGACGCGAGCUAGAAAGGACAACCUCUUGAAGGAAUGCUCUUACGACCUGCUCGCAUCCGAGGCCACGGGAACAAUACCGAGGGAAAAUGUGACCUUCUUUUGCCGCAAGGGAUAUCAAAUGGUUCAUGGCAAGGAGCACAUCUACAGAAGUUGUGGCUGGGAACCGUAUUAUGUGGAAGGCCGUGACUGCUACUUCACUGCCGUAGAGAACGUCAAAUCGACCACUUGCGAGUGUCACGAAAAUGGCUGCAACGACUCAGAAACCAAAUCCGUCACGAUGUCCGCCCUGAUUGUCUCUGCAAUGCUUGUCAUUCUGCUCAUUCCCAGACUGCUCAGAUCUUCGCUUAAUAAUUGCUGCUGACAAAGACAGUUCUGAGUUCUAAGGCCAUGGUGCAGGUCAAUCACUUCUCGCAAACAAUUAAUUGACAGCACCGCCAAUCAUCUCAAUGCUCCGGCCAGCACUGAUACGCGCAGUGAUGAAUCCGUUCAAUUGAUCCAAACUGAUGAUGUUAACGCUCGCAAGUUGUUCGGGGGAUCUUCCUUCACAUACCCACUCAUUUCGUACGAACAGUUCAUGAUCCAGGUGCAAGGCUUUAGACCCGUGUUCAGACAGUGAUCACUUCAAUUAAUGGUGCUGACUCGUUUGCGAGUCCUGUAAUUCAUCCUGAUGAUUUUCAGUUGCGUAUUUAAUACGAUUUUCUUACCAUAUACUGUAAUUGGGUUGAAUCUCUGAAGAUCUUAUUCACUUCGAAGUCGGUGGAUACAUGAUAAGUGAGAAUGUGGUGAUGCUUCUGUAUAAUUUGAAUCAUGAUGUGCUGUUUAGGCAUCACUAGGGAUUAAUUAUUCUUUCUUUUUACAUUAAUCUCGAAGAAUGAUAAAAGUUCAGUACAGUAUAGACUUUCCUCUGUAUCAGUUUGAUGGCUCAUAUUGAUCGCGAGGUUGAUCCCGAAAUAAAGAAUGAGGAGACGAUACUCUGUGAGGGCAUGAUGAAACGCUUCCGAAAGACCGUCAACCAAUAAUGACUGCAACGGAUGGCUGGAUGGCUUCUGCCAUUUGUUGCCUUUAAACGAUGGCAGAGAUAUUUUAUUCACGAUUCGCGCACUGCCCCGAUGGAUGUCUUUAUUCGCUCGGCUCCUGGGAAGAAUUCGUACCUGGCAUCCACAGCUAUCGAGGAUCACAAUUUCAGCGCAAGUGGAGAAAUCGCUGGCCAUUCGAGUAGUAUGAUUGUGGGGUAAAAGGAAAGUAUCCUGCUGAAGGAACCGACGUCGUAAGUUUUAGACACGAGCAGUAACGCGCGCGCGGUUGAAUGAACUUCAUUGUAUAGACGAGAGAAGCAAGUGACGUAUAUAGACGGACAAGUACUGUACCAUAUAGUUCUCUUCUGUGUGUUGCAGUCGUUUCAGGGUGACACAGAUUCUGUAUACGUUGCGAAAUACACCAUCAGAACGAGAUAGCCCCAGAGGGGUGCGUUUGUGUACUGAACUUUCGUGUUUUCUUUCCGGCUUAUUCCGACGACUUCGAUGGGGUUUUGGACCCCGGAGGAUACUCUCACC